GCUGAGGAUGGAUAGGAGGGUGUGGCCUUGCACACUGAUAUGCUCCAGCCCUCAGAGAGGGAGCGUGUGUGCUGAGUGGCUGCUAACAUCCCACUCACACGCAGAGUGCUUGAGUCUGCCAUCCUCAUGACAGGUGACAAGAACCCUCAAAGUCUAAGCAGGCCCAACUAUGGCUCCAUCUCCAGCCCACCCAGCUCAGAGCCACAGCAAGAACCUCUCAGAACAACUUACCUGAGUGAGAAGAUCCCCAUCCCUGACACAAAACCGGGCGCAUUCAGCCUGAGGAAGCUAUGGGCCUUCACGGGGCCUGGCUUCCUCAUGAGCAUCGCUUUCCUGGACCCAGGAAACAUUGAGUCGGAUCUUCAGGCUGGUGCCGUGGCUGGAUUCAAACUGCUCUGGGUGCUGCUGUGGGCCACCGUGCUGGGCCUGCUCUGUCAGCGGCUUGCUGCCCGGCUGGGCACCGUGACAGGCAAGGACUUGGGCGAGGUCUGCCGCCUCUACUACCCUAAGGUGCCCCGCACCCUCCUCUGGCUGACCAUCGAGCUAGCCAUAGUGGGCUCGGACAUGCAGGAGGUCAUCGGCACGGCCAUCGCGUUCAGUCUGCUCUCAGCUGGACGAAUCCCACUCUGGGGCGGCGUCCUCAUCACCAUCGUGGACACCUUCUUCUUCCUCUUCCUUGACAACUACGGGUUGCGGAAGCUGGAAGCCUUUUUUGGAUUGCUUAUUACAAUUAUGGCCUUGACCUUCGGCUACGAGUACGUGGUGGCGCGGCCGGCCCAGCUAGCGCUUCUCCAGGGCCUGCUCCUGCCCUCGUGCCCCGGCUGCGGCCGUGCAGAGCUGCUGCAGGCCGUGGGCAUCGUCGGCGCCAUCAUCAUGCCUCACAACAUCUACCUGCACUCGGCCCUGGUGAAGUCUCGAGAGAUAGACCGGUCCCGCCGGACGGACAUCCGAGAAGCCAACAUGUACUUCCUGAUCGAGGCCACCGUCGCCCUGUCUGUCUCCUUCUUCAUCAAUCUCUUUGUUGUAGCCGUGUUUGGGCAGGCCUUCUACCAGCAAACCAACGAGGCUGCGUUCAACGUCUGUGCCAACAGCAUCCUCCACGACUACGCCAAGAUCUUCCCCAAGAACAACCUUACGGUGGCGGUGGACAUUUACCAAGGAGGCGUGAUCCUGGGCUGCAUCUUCGGCCCGGCUGCGCUCUACAUCUGGGCCGUGGGUCUCCUAGCGGCCGGGCAGAGCUCCACCAUGACCGGCACCUACGCGGGACAGUUUGUGAUGGAGGGCUUCCUGAAGCUGCGGUGGUCACGCUUUGCCCGCGUGCUCCUCACUCGCUCCUGCGCCAUCCUGCCCACCGUGCUCGUGGCAGUCUUCAGGGACCUGAAAGACCUGUCAGGUCUCAAUGACCUGCUCAACGUGCUGCAGAGCCUGCUGCUUCCCUUUGCUGUGCUGCCUAUCCUUACUUUCACCAGCAUGCCAGCCCUCAUGCAGGAGUUUGCCAAUGGCCGGCUGAGCAAGGCCAUCACAAUCUCCAUCAUGGCGCUGGUCUGUGCCAUCAACCUCUACUUUGUGGUCAUCUACCUGCCCAGCCUCCCCCAUCCGGCCUACUUCGCCCUUGUAGCCGCGCUGGCCGUGGUCUACCUGGGUCUCACCACCUAUCUGGUCUGGACCUGUCUCAUUGCCCAUGGAGCCACACCUCUGGCCCACAGCUCCCAUCAACACUUCUUGUAUGGGCUUCCUGAAGAGGAGGAGAGGGGGAAUAUCUCUGGAUGAACUCCCACCCAGGGCCUGGCUGGGGGAUGGAAUGACUGGGGCAGACUGGCCUGCUGGAGUGUGUGUGGAGGCAGCAAGAUGGAGUGGGAGUUUUGGAGGCAGGCCAACCUGGGUUCCAUAGGAACCUGCUGUUUCCUAGCUUGGACAAGUGAUUAACCUCCAGUCUCAGUGGUCUCAUCUGUAGAAUGGGGACAACACCAACCUUGCGGUGGAUAUAAAGCACUUUAACACAGUGCCUGACACUUGGGACUUAAAAAUAAUAGUAACUCCAAAAAUAUUUAUUGAGGGACCCAGUUGGGGGCGGGACACAGGUUCCAAACUGGCACUUAGGAUAGUCUGAUGAAUGCUCAAUAAAUGCUAGUUCACUUCUCGUCCAAAAGAGCGGGAGAGCAGAAA